GUUGGUGCCGCCAAGUGUGUAGGAGAGUUGUUGUUCUGCCUUCUGCGUCGUCGGUCGUCCCGACUGGUCCCGACGAGAAGGACAGGGAUGGCGAAUCUCAAGUCUCUCUCUGGCGCCGCGCGUCAAUAAUCACAAAGGCACGUCGCGUGGUGCAGGUUCAUCUUGGAAGCAUCUCACGGAAGCGCGAUCGAACGCACGUUCGGUCGGUUUGCCCGUGUUACCGCGGCCGAGGAGGUUAUGUUCCCUGGCCCGCCGUGCGUGUAUUUUGAAUCGGUAGCCAAACUGGCUCGACUCCGCGGACGCGCGUUUCCCGUGUCACGGCGCGGGAGAACGCGACGCUCGUCGUUGCCGUCAGUCGUCGGGCCGCGACGGGAGUGACGUAAGCGCGACAUCCGAGCGAGUCAUGUGCAAAUUUAAAGCAUGGUUGUCACGCAACGGAAGAUGAAGCAGAUUGCGAUCUUUGCGGUUUGCGUGCUGCUGGUCCUAGGCUUUUACAAGACUCUGGUGACUACGGAAGAGGAACGAUCUUUUAACCGCGGUCGACACCGCGCCGUUCUCGGCGUGAAUAAAGUUAAUUUAGACGACAAGAACGAGCUCGCCGAGGACGCGACGCAAAAGAUUCGCAAUGUCGGGGACGAGCCGUCCGACGGGGACAUCAGGGACAUCGAGGAGGCGAAGGUUCGGAUCCGCGAGCUCGAGGGUAAGCUCCAGCAUCUGGAGGCGGCGAUCAAGAACGGAGUGGCGAAGGACUUCCCGACGGUGAAGUUCCUAAAUUACAAGAAUCGGAAACGAAUUCUGGUGACGGGCGGCGCGGGUUUCGUCGGCUCCCACCUGGUGGAUCGGCUGAUGCUCGCCGGACACGAGGUAAUAGUCGUCGACAAUUUCUUCACCGGCAGAAAGCGAAAUGUGGAGCACUGGGUCGGUCACGAGAACUUCGAACUGGUGCAUCACGACAUCGUGAGGCCGUUGUAUCUAGAGGUCGACGAAAUCUAUCAUCUCGCUAGCCCGGCCAGUCCGCCGCACUACAUGCUGAACCCCGUGAAAACGAUCAAGACAAAUACCUUGGGCACCAUAAAUAUGCUUGGACUCGCAAAACGAGUCGGCGCACGAGUAUUAAUUGCGAGCACGUCGGAAGUUUACGGGGAUCCGAAUGAGCAUCCGCAGGCUGAAACCUACUGGGGUCACGUAAAUCCUAUCGGUCCGCGGGCAUGCUAUGACGAGGGAAAACGGGUUGCCGAGACGUUGAGCUAUGCUUACAUGAGACAGGAAGGCGUCUCGGUCCGAGUUGCACGGAUUUUCAAUACUUUCGGCCCGAGAAUGCACAUGAACGACGGUCGUGUCGUGUCGAAUUUUAUCCUCCAGGCUCUACAAAAUGAUUCGAUCACCAUUUACGGCAGUGGGAAACAGACGCGAUCAUUUCAAUACGUUUCCGAUCUAGUGGACGGAUUAGUAGCACUAAUGGCAUCUAACUACACCUUGCCUGUGAAUAUUGGAAAUCCUGUCGAGCAUACGAUCGAAAAAUUUGCGCGUAUAAUAAAAGACUUGGUGGGUGCUACCAGUGAAAUUAUUGAACUCGCAGCGGUCGAGGAUGACCCGCAGAGAAGACGACCGGACAUUAGCAGAGCGAAAAAAUAUUUAAAUUGGGAGCCCAAGGUUCCUUUGGCUGAGGGACUGAAAAAAACCAUAGUGUAUUUUGCAAAAGAAUUGCAAAGGACAAAGCAUUCUCAAAAAAGCAGCUUUAAACAGUCUUCUUACAAAAACGAUCACGACAUUGUAGAACAACUUUAGAGAAUCAAGUUUAAUGAUACGAUUAAUGUAUCCACUUUCGGAAGUGGCGUGAAAGUGCCAUUAAACUAUGGACCAGUAUGUGCCAAAAAAUCCCCCGUCCAAUUUGAAUUUUGUAUAAUUUAUAUAUAGCAAUCAACACAUAAAUACACUUACAAUAUGCGAUCAUUUAAGUAAUUAGUCUGUCAAACUUCUUCCAGUCAGGUGCACAUGCUAUGUCCUUUGUAGGCGUAAUAAUUUAAAAUAUACUUUUAUUUCUUUUUCCAUGAUUCCCUCUCCAUAGCUCUCUAUUUCUUUUAUUAAUUUCUUAAUUCCAAAUAUAUAAUCAAUAAUACAUCGACAAUAUAUUUUAUAUCAGAGUGCAUAGAUGUUAAAUAGGAAAUUUUCUUCUAUCUCAUAUUUCAGUGUAUUUCAUAUAUUUAUAAUUUUUAUAGAAGAAGAAUUGAAAAAUGGUGCUGGUGACAUAAGUAUUGUUUUCCUUUUUUUACGUACUCGAUCGCAUAUUAAUUUGAAAAUGAGGUAAUUUCGCUUAUUGUUAGAUAAAAUAAUAUAAUUUAUAAUAUAAAUGAUAUAUAGCUAGGAAAUGUUUUUUGCUUUUGAUUCAUUUAUUAUAAUCAUAAUAGUGAUAUUACCGAUGUACUUGCAAUAAAAGCUUAAAAAAUGUUUAUGUUAUUCAAUAGUAAUGAAAAUUCGUGAAUUCUUGUACGUAAUACGAUUAAAACGGAUGGUAUCUAAUACCGACAAAAUAAUUUAUAAUUUGUAAUUUAUAUUAUACGAUACAUAACAUAUAGAUAUAGCGUGAUUAUAAACUGUGAGACUGUAAUAACAACGUAUAAGCGAGAAAGUAAUUUUAUAUUUUAUAUAUAAGUGUAGCAGGAAUCACUUUUACGAUAAUGUACUCUUUAUAACGUAACUUGUAUGAUGUAAUUAAUUCUUAUAUUGUCGUUGUCGAAAAUUAUAUAAUAUUAAUUUAUCGCGACAAAUUCUUUUCCUACGGAUGUGAAAAUAAAAUUGAUAUAGAAGUAUAUAUAUAUAUAAUGUAAAUAACUAGCUAAAUACGUAUGAAAAUGUCUUUGUAUCAAAGUGUAAAUUUAAGAAAUAUAAUGAUAUAUACGCUGAA